AGUUGGUGACGAGUGUUAUGAAAAUGGCCUCGACCCUGCCCGUGAGCACGAAUAACCGGAGAAGAUGACGACGUUGAGCUUCUUAAGUCGGUCGAACACCAAAGUGUCUUCCUUGAACACGUACAUACGAGUGAAGUGAACGAAAACCAGGAGACUCUCGGCAGAGAAACGCCUAAAAAAUACCCCAGAGCACCGCAACAUUUUCGCUGGCUGGCUGAGGAGCCGCUAUGGAGGAUAUCAACUCUAAUAUCAACGCGGACUUGGAGGUGCGGAAGCUCCAGGACUUGGUGAAGAAACUCGAACAGCAAAACGAGCAGCUCCGGAGCAGGUCUACGAUGUUGUCCUCGUCUGGGGCCAUGUCAGGGAACCACAGACCCCUCAGUGCCGGAUACGACUCGUCGUCCCUGUCAGCGGGGAUGGCAGCCGGUCUGGCCGGCUUCCCUGGGGUGGGGUUCGUCGGUACGGGCGGCUACGGUGGGCUGCUGGAGAACAACCGCUGUUUGAGCCCCAGACUGUCUUAUGACGGCAUCAGCUUCAGGAGGGCGUAUGAAUGUGAGGGGGCUUCCGCUGCCACCUCUGUGUCCAGUAUGAACUCACUUUAUGCAGACACCACUGGCGGCUUUAUGGACGAAGCGGAAACCUCAAUCCUAGAUGAAGUGGAAAUCUUAGACCUCGAAGACAUGGAUUGUCUACACGAAGACGAGGACAGCUGGUUGUAUGAGGCGAAACUCAACAGUCCCCUGCAAAAAUCCUUGAGUCCUAUUGUGUGGUGCCGCCAAGCUCUGGACAACCCCAGUCCUGAGAUGGAAUCGGCCAAGCGCUCCCUCAUCCACAGACUGGACCUCACCAUGUCAGCUAACAAGCGCAGGAGUCUGUAUGGAAGUCCGUACAACCAGCAGGGUUAUGGAAGCCCGUAUAGCACAAAUGCAGCCAACAGCCCCUACAGCAGUGGCUUUAACUCCCCCUCCUCAACCCCCUGCAGAGUGCCCAUAGUCAGACAGCAGCUAAUGCCCAGUAACGCAGUACACCAGCGAAACGCAGCAGCAGACAGGAAUCCUCCGGCGGUUAGUCCACAGUCAUCAGUGGACAGCGAGCUGAGCACGUCAGAAAUGGACGAGGACUCAGUGGGCUCCUCGACUACGUACAAACUCAAUGAUGUCACUGAUGUCCAGAUACUGGCACGCAUGCAAGAAGAGAGUUUGAGACAGGACUACGCUGCAACGGCAUCCCGACGGAGCUCGGGUUCGUCCUGCCACUCAUUGCGGCGCAGCACCUUCAGCGACCAGGAGUUAGACGCACACAGUCUGGAGGACGAGGAGGAGGCGGUGCACCCGGCUUUCCACCUGCCCUCCAAUCGCUUCAGCCCGUCUCCUCGCCACUCUCCCCGUGCCUCCCCCAGGAACUCUCCCCGCUCGCGCUCCCCAGCUCGAUCCAUCGACUACAGCCACAGCCACAGCCGCGGCUCGCCUCAGCCCAUCAUCAGCCGUCUGCAGCAGCCUCGCCACUCGCUGCAGGGCCAUGGGCACGACCUGCAGACCAAUGUGGUGAAGAACGAAGAAAAGCUGCGUCGUAGUCUUCCCAACCUCACGCGAUCCUCAGCGGCGGUUACAGCUCAGGCACCAGAGCCCGUCAAGAACAGCCGCAGCUGCGAGUCCAACCUGCAAGUGCCAAACGGAGGCUCUCCUCGACACCAGAACCAGUCUGCAACAGCAGCUCAGCUCCCAAGAUACUCUCCCCCUUCUCGCUCCUCCCCGAAACCAAAACAGCACCUCCAACGUCCAACUGCCCUGCGAGUCCCACUCUCCUGUUGCUUUGGAGAAGAUGGUGAUUUCAUCCCCUCUCCCAGCAAGCUGCGAACGCCUGCCACUCCAUCCCCGCUGGCCUUGAGGCAGCCUGUGAAGGCCACAUCCACCCCUAAUUCUGCCACCUCCACACCGACCCGCUCCUUGGCUGCUCCACGCAGUGGCCUUCCGCGACCCAGUGCAGGAGGUGGAGGAGGAGGAGGAGGAGGAGGCAUCCCUCUGCCCCGCAGCAAACUGGCCCAACCUGUGCGCAGGUCUCUUCCUGCUCCUCGGACGUACAGCAACACAGGCGAGAACUGGCGAGAAGGUUGUUACUGAUGCAGCCAGCAGGGGGCGCUCCAGUCACACUACCAACACAAGGAGGCAGACAUUACAACACACGGCACUUUAUCUACCUAGAUAACUUUUACAGUGAAGAAGGAGAGACUAUGUCCCAAAAAAUAUAUACAAUUCAGAAUUUUUUUAAAAAAAAGGAGAGGACAGUGUCCACAUUGUGUCAAAGAGGACCUCCCAUCGUGCUCCUCUGUGGGGACUGGCUCUGGAGGGAUCAGGCAUGUAGUGCAGACAGCCCAGAAAAUGCCAAAGAAACCAGGCCGACUCCAGCUCCGCCAGCAGAGGACACAUCACCUGCCUUGGUUCGACUGCAAUCAUCCGUGCGACAGUUCAUAUCUCUACAUGCCCGGCUUUCCUCCCCCUCCUCUCCCCCCCCAUUCUUCUUUCACCUCCCUCAGGUCGAAAUGUUUCCACACAUUUCUCUCUUUAUGCUCUGUGUUUAACAGAUGUCGGUGAGCGAUCUCUAUGAUGAUGCUGUGCAGGUGAACUGUCCCGUAACGUUCGAGAAAUUUGUUGAUGUCUUGCAACAGUGAAAGCACCUCCGUGUGGGUAUGACAUUUAAAGAAUCUUUCCUCUUGUAAAAUCAGCCAGAAUGUAUGCACAAAGUUUGUUUUGGAAAUUAUUUAUUCAAAUUAUUUAAGAAGUGUAUGUCCAAACAUCCAUAUCAGUAUUUUUGUUUGAAAAUUUCAGUUGUUUAGAAUAUACAUUUUGAACCUCAACUGCAAGCUAACUCUCCAAAGUCUUUUUUUUUUUGUUGUUGUUUGUUGUUGUUUUCAAAGUGUCAAAUCAGGACUCGAGAGAAACCCGGGUGGUUAAUGACACCUCGGCCAAAGCCUCAGUUCUGACUUGUACCACAGUUUGCCAAGAUUAUACUUUUCCAUUGAAGUGCUUAAAGUGGUCAUUUUAAGAAUAGGUGGAAUUAAAGUCUGAGUUCUAUCUAAAAUUCUGUUUAAGAAAGAAACCUGAGCUAUUUUAUCCCUGUUCACCCAUUUAGCCAAUUAAACCACGGAAACUUGUGGUUUGUUAAAUUCCCAUAACAGAUUUGUCAGUGUGUAUCAUUCAUAUCAUUAAAAAAAUAACAAAAAAAAUAUGGAUAACUGUCGUGAAUAAGAAUAAGACGACAAGUUCUGACUGGCUUUUACCUCUUGUGCUAUGAAAACGAAUCAAACGGCAUGCCAGUGUUAGGGAAGGUGUUCUGGUUCUUGGUGUGGUGGGUGUUCUUAAACUAGUGCCUAUAAUUUAAAGUUUCACUUGAGUUUGAACAUCAUGUUCUGUUUGUAUGUUUAUCAUUUUGUGCCAAUUUCUGGAUUUGCCAAUAUCGUUUGCGAUUCAGCAUCUCUGCUUGAUUGAUUUGCUUGCCUGUUUGUUUUUUGUAAUUUAAAAACAACACAUUUAUAAUUGCUUUAAAAAAAAUGUUUAAUAUGCGCCUUCAUAUCUAUUUAUAACUAAUUACUCUGUUCUGUAAAUGAAACUAUUUAUUAAAGAGAGAGGUGCCUCUGUCAAAGCUCAGAUUCGGUGGGAAGCGAGGACGAAUGUUGCAAAAAGACAUACCACACCUUUUGUGUGACAGUUUUUGUUAUUGAAAUUUUUUUUAUAUCCACAAACAUGACAUUCGGUUUCCCUGUGUAAAAGUCACAUUUCAAAUAAAAGCUUAAAAGUUA